AUGGCAUCGGCGCUCCUCCCCACCUUUGUGCAGCAACGCCUCUUCUCCAACUCCUCCAACCCCAGCGAUCGCAGUCUGAGUAUCAACAACAUCAAUCCACAUGUGAAGGAGGCACAGUAUGCCGUGCGUGGAGAGCUGGCCGUCAAGAGUGAAAAAUACCGUGCUCAGCUCGCCAAGGGCGAAGGCAAGGACCUGCCUUUCGACUCCGUAGUCAGUGCGAACAUCGGCAACCCGCAACAGCUCGAUCAGAAGCCCAUCACAUUCUUCAGACAAGUAGCCAGCUUGGUCGAGAACCCUCUGCUACUACAGCAUGAGGAUGUAUUGAAGAGCAGCCUGGGAUACAACAGCGAUGCAAUCGAGCGGGCAAACAAGUUAUYGAAGGACGUCAAGAGUGUAGGCGCAUACUCACAGUCGCAAGGAGCGCCCGGAAUCCGCAAGAGCGUUGCAAACUUCAUCGAGAAGCGCGAUGGCUUCCCUGCAGAUCCUGAACACGUAUAUCUGUGUGCAGGUGCCAGUGCGGGCGUCAACGCUCUCAUGAGUGUCAUUUGCGCCACCCCUCAGACUGGCAUCCUCGUCCCGAUCCCUCAAUACCCUCUUUACACUGCAACCUUGAGUUUGCUCAACGCCCAGGUCGUGCCAUACUACCUCAACGAGGAGACCAACUGGAGUACGGACGUCGAGGGCAUGCGUGUGGCGUUGAAGGAGGCACAGAUGAAGGGCAUCGAUGUGCGGGCGGUUGUUGUUAUUAACCCAGGCAACCCCACAGGUGGAUCGUUGCCUCCAAGCAACAUUGAAUCUGUCAUUGAGCUUGCUGCAGAGGAAAAGCUUGUUGUACUUGCCGAUGAGGUCUACCAGACCAACGUGUUCGAGGGCGAGUUCCACAGCUUCAAGAAGAGUCUACGAACGCUGCAGAGUGGGGAUAAGAACAAGGACGGCAAGUUCGACAACAUCGAGUUGGCAAGCUUGCAUAGCAUCAGUAAGGGCAUGGUCGGCGAGUGCGGACACCGAGGUGGCUACUACGAGAUGGUUGGAUUCGAUCCCGAGGUCGUCGCUCAAAUCUACAAGUUCGUCAGCAUCAUGCUCUGUCCACCAGUCAUUGGUCAAUGUCUGGUCGAACUGAUGGUCAAUCCGCCCGUCGAAGGCGAGCCAUCUUACGCGCUCUACAAGGAGGAGUACGAUACCACCUUCAAGAACUUACAAAAGCGUGCCAUGGCUCUGUACGAUGCCUUCAAGGAGAUGGAGGGCGUGGAGUGCCAAUCGCCACAGGGCAGCAUGUACCUGUACCCAACGAUCACUUUAUCCGAGAAGGCGAUUGAGGCCGCGAAGAAGGAAGGCAAGUCUCCUGACGAGUACUACUGUCUGAGAUUGCUGGAUGCCACGGGAGUGUGCAUUGUGCCCGGCUCGGGCUUCGGUCAGAAGGAGGGCACUUUGCACUUCCGGACGACCUUCCUGGCGCCCGGUACGGAUUGGGUCUCGAGAAUCACGGCCUUUCACAAGAGCUUCAUGGAGAGCUUCAGAGAUUGA